AGAAUCAAAAAGCGACACCACUCUCGUCUUCUCCUCCCCUGAGCCCUCCCUCUCUCUCUCUCUCGCUCACGAUGAGUGAAUUCGUGGACCUAGAAUCCCAGGACGGCGUUCGGAUGCCGUGGAACGUAAUCCCCGGCACGAAGCAGGAGUCCACCAACAGCGUCGUCCCCGUCUCCGCCGUCUACACUCCGAUCAAGCCCUUCCCCAACAUGCCAGUCCUCCCUUACUCCCCUCUCCGCUGCCGCGUCUGCCGCUCCGUCCUCAACCCCUUCUCCACCGUCGAUUACGCCGCCAAGAUCUGGAUCUGCCCUUUCUGCUUCAACCGCAACCACUUCCCUCCCCACUACGCCUCCAUUUCCGACGAGAACCUCCCCGCCGAGCUCUUCCCCCAAUACACCACCAUCGAAUACGACUCGUCGCUCGAGAAGCCGACGACUCCGCCCGUCUUCAUCUUCGUCGUCGACACCUGCAUGAUCGAGGAGGAGCUCUCGUUUCUCAAGUCGGCUCUGUCCCAGGCGCUGGGCUUGUUGCCCGAUCACUCCCUCGUAGGGCUCAUCACCUUCGGGAGCUUCGUCCACGUCCACGAAUUAGGAUUCUCCACCAUUCCCAAGACCUACGUGUUCAAAGGAUCCAAGGAAGUCAGCAAGGAUCAGCUGCUUGAGCAGAUGAGUUUCUUUCUCAAAAAGCCGAAGCCGGCCACCGGAGUCAUUGCCGGCCCCAGGGAUGGGUUGUCCUCCGAGAGCAUUGCCAGGUUUCUAUUGCCGGCAUCUGAGUGUGAAUUUGCGCUCAAUUCGGUGUUGGAGGAGUUGCAGAGAGAUCCUUGGCAGGUUCCGGCGGAUCAGCGAGCCACCAGGUGCACCAGCACCGCGCUUAAUGUUGCGGCGAGCUUGUUGGGAGCUUGUGUGCCUGGUUCAGGAGCCAGAAUUAUGGCAUUCAUAGGUGGACCAUCAACCGAAGGCCAGGGUGCUAUUGUGUCAAAAAGCCUAUCUGAACCAAUUCGUUCUCAUAAGGACCUGGAUAAAGAUUCAGCCCUUUAUUUUCAUAAAGCCGUGAAGUUCUACGAGGGACUUUCAAAGCAGCUUGUACAUCAAGGACAUGUACUUGAUCUUUUUGCUUGCGCACUUGACCAGGUGGGGAUUGCUGAACUUAAAAUUGCAGUUGAAAGAACUGGAGGAUUGGUUGUGCUUGCGGAGAGUUUUGGGCAUUCAGUGUUUAAAGACUCACUUAUACGUGUUUUCCAGGCGGGUGAUCAUGAGCUUGGUUUAUCAUCAAAUGGCAUAUUUGAGAUAAACUGCUCAAAGGACGUUAAGGUUCAGGGCAUAAUUGGUCCUUGUGCAUCCCUUGAAAAGAAAGGUCCUUUAGUCUCCGAUACAGUCGUUGGCCAGGGUAGUACAAGUGCGUGGAAGAUGUGUGGCCUUGACAAAGCUACAUCUUUAUGUCUAAUAUUUGAAAUUGUUAAGAAGGAAAUCCCAGAUGCUACUGUUCAACCAGCUAGCAAUCAAUUCUACUUCCAGUUUCUAACAUAUUAUCAGCAUAAUAGUGGUCAGAUGAGACUUCGUGUUACAACCCUUUCAAGAAGAUGGAUUGCUGGAACUGGAAGCAUACAGGACUUGAUUGCCGGAUUUGAUCAAGAAGCCGCUGCUGUAGUCAUGGCACGCCUAGUUUCUUUCAAAAUGGAAACUGAGGCAGAAUUUGAUCCUAUAAGAUGGUUGGAUAAAUCAUUGAUACAUAUGUGUUCUCGGUUUGGAGAUUACCAGAAGGACAGCCCGUCUUCUUUCAGCUUAUCUCCGCGGUUUUCAAUUUUCCCUCAAUUUAUGUUUCAUUUACGGCGUUCUCAAUUUGUUCAGGUUUUCAACAACAGCCCAGACGAAACAGCAUACUUCAGAAUGAUUUUGAACAGGGAAAAUGUUACCAAUUCAGUUGUGAUGAUUCAGCCUUCAUUGAUUUCAUACUCAUUUCAUUCGGGCCCUGAACCUGCACUUCUUGAUGUUGCCGCCAUUGCUGCUGACAGGAUUCUUCUUUUAGACGCUUACUUUACUGUUGUCAUUUUUCAUGGUUCAACUAUUGCUCAGUGGCGAAAAGCAGGAUAUCAGGAUUUGCCUGAACAUCAGGCAUUUGCUCAGUUGUUACAAGCUCCUCGUGAUGAUUCAGAUACAAUAAUCAAGGAGAGAUUUCCAGUACCUCGCCUAGUGGUUUGUGAUCAGCAUGGUUCACAGGCCCGUUUUCUCUUGGCAAAGUUGAACCCUUCAGCUACUUAUAACAAUGAAGGUCCCCUUCCGGGAGGGGAUGUUAUCUUUACAGACGAUGUUAGUUUUGAAGUCUUCUUGGACCAUCUCCAGAGAUUAGCAGUUCAAUAAUGUACAAGAGGUUAUGCAGCAGUUUUGUAUCAUUUGUCUCAAUUCCCUGUACAGUUAUCGCAUAUGAAUUCAAUUCAAAUUUUGAUUUUGUUUGGGCUCUAUAGUAUACGAAAGUUUGUUAUGCUCUAUUUUGGAAAUAAAAUCACAUGAACUGAUCAAAUUGGAACGUUAA